CUUGUCAAUUUCACCAAAGCUUUCGAAAAAGCUUGCAGAGCGUAACAAGAGACUUGGGAUUUGCCGGAUAUAUUUUGGUAUCACAAAACCACAAAGCCACAUACUACAUACCACAAAUUCCACCAGACCAUAAUCAUCAUGUCUCGGUUACCAGUCCAGCGAGACCUCACAAGAUUCGGAUACAGUUCCUCGAGCGAGUCCGACGAGCCUCCGCGCAAGACGAACACGAACAACUCCAACAGCCAGAAUCAGAAGAAGAAAAAGAAGCGCAAGCCCCCGCCUCAGCAGAGUAUUAAUAAGAUCUGGAAGCGAUUCACCACCAAGCAGUUCACCAAGGCCCUCGCCGUCCUACCCUUCGACCCCGUCCCGCUCCCGAGCACACCAGAGCGCCCGAACGAGCUCCUAAGCGCGGGAUAUGAGCGCGCUAGGGAGGAAUGCUCGCGCAAAGUCAAGAAGAUCAUUGCGGAAUGCAGGCGUGUCAACACUCGUUAUAGAGACCCAGGGUUUGACUUGGAUUGGGACCUUAAGUGGCUCAAGGGAAACUGUCUGAACUACCUUGGAUCGCACAAAUUCGACCUCUCGGCUUCGAGAUUCAGUACCAACACUUCUGUGCCCAAAGCCGUCAAGCGGGUGCACGAGAUCUUCGAGAAGCCGACGUUCAUGAAGAAUAUAAGCGCCGGCGACGUGAAGCAGGGCUCGCUGGGGGAUUGCUGGCUCAUCGCGAGCUUGAGCGCGCUGGCGAACGUCGAGGACGGGAUCAAGCGCAUGUGCGUCGAGUACGAUACUCGUAUCGGAAUUUACGGUUUCGUCUUCUACAGAGACGGCGAAUGGAUCUACUCCAUCAUCGACGACAAGCUGUACCUGACUUCGCCAUGCUGGGAUUCGCCGAGCAUGCAGCGCGAGAUGCUGCAGCAGAUCGACCGCGAGGAGCCCGAGAAAGUGUAUCGUAAGACGUACCAGACGGGCUCCAAGGCCCUGUUCUUCGGCCAGUGCAAGGACCAGCACGAGACCUGGGUCGCGCUGGUCGAGAAGGCGUACGCCAAAGCCCACGGCGAUUACGGCUCUCUGUCCGGCGGUUGGAUCGGCGAAGGGUUGGAAGACCUUUCCGGCGGCGUCACGACCGAACUUCUCGCUUCCGAUAUCCUCGACGUCGAUGCUUUCUGGGACGACGAGCUUUCCAAGGUGAAUCAGGAGUUCCUCUUUGGUUGCUCGACCGGCCUGUUGGACGGCGGGUAUGGAGACCGCAAUGGGAUCCGCGAGGGACACGCCUACGUUGUGAUGGAUGCUAGAACACUCAAGAACGGGCAACGUCUCGUGAAGCUCCGCAACCCUUGGGGUAAGACCCGCAAAGGUAUUUGGGAGGGACCAUGGUCAGACGGCUCCAAGGAGUGGAACAACGAUGUUAAGGAGGAGCUUGGCCAUCAGUUUGGAAACGACUCCGUCUUCUGGAUCACCUACGAAGAUAUGCUUGAGAAAUACCAGCACUUUGACAGAACUCGUCUUUUCCGCGACCCCGACUGGAGAUGCUGCCAGCGAUGGAUCGGUGUAGAGGUCCCGUGGAAGGCCCAAUGGAACGAGAAAUUCCACAUCAAGUUGACGAAGGAGUCUCCCUUGGUACUAGUGCUCCAGCAGCUUGACGACAGAUACUACAAGGGAUUGCACGGACAGUAUAGCUUUAGGAUGCACUUCCGUGUGCACGAGCAGGGGCGCCCGGACAGCGAAGAUUACAUCGUCAGAUCUCACGGUAACUAUCUGAUGGAGCGCUCCGUCUCGAUCGAAAUACCGUGCAUGGAAGCUGGCAACUACUCGGUGUUCAUCAGUGUUGUGGCCGAACGCGAUACCGACAUGCCCUCUAUUGAAGACGUUGUCAAGCGGGAAUGCAGCAAGCGCGUGGAAAACGAGAAGCUGGCCCAAGUAGGGUAUGCGUACGACUUAGCUCAUAGCAAGGGGGUCGCGCAUCUCGAACAGGUCGCAAAGCUCCGCAAGAAGUCGGACCACAAGAAGGCGAGCGCUUCCCGCAUGCAGGAGCGUCGCAGGAUGUGGGAGAAGCGACACCUGAACCGCGACAUCACGAAGAAGCAGACGAAGAAGAACCAGGAGAAGCGGGAUAAGUGGCGAGCGGCGGAGGACGAGAAGAGAAAAGCCAAGGCCGAGGCCGAGAAGGCCAAAGUCGAAGCCGAAGCCGCCGAGAAGAAGAAGAAAGAGGAGGCCGAGGAGGCCGAGCGUAAGAAGAAAGAAGAUGAGAAGCCUAAAGAUGCAGCUGUCCAGACGGAUGACCGCCAGCAGGGCGAGGACAAAAGCAUCCAGACCGAGGAGGCUGCAGAAGCCAAGAAGGACGAGGCUGAUUCCGAAUCUACCGACAAGAAAAAGGAGGAGUCCGGUGGCGAUGCUUCAAAGGACGCCGCAACAGAUGAUAAAACGGAGACUCCAAAGGAUAAGGACGAGACCGAUGGCGCUAAGAAGGACGAGGAAAAGCCCGCGGAGAAGGCAUCAGCAGAGGACAAGAAGUCUGACGACCAAAAAGCUGCUGCUGAAGAAAAGCCCACCGAGGAGAAGAAGUCCACCGAGGAAAAGAAGCCCGCCAGCCGGCAAAAGCAGCAGGCGCCUCCGUCGCCCCAAGGCUACUCGUCGGAGUGCGACUCAUCAGACAGUCCGGUAGAAGAAUGGGAGCUGCUAUACUCGUCGGACGACAUGUCGAAGAAGCCGCGGAUGGCGGCGGCUCCAGCGGCGACCACUAACAGUGAGAACGCCGCGGAGAGCGACGGGGAGUCGGGGAUGCCGGACCCGUGGAACGCGGUGUGCAUCGUCGGGUUCCGGGUGUACUCCAAGGACGAGGACCUGGACCUGCGCGUCGUGCUCGAGGGCGGCGACAUGGCGGAGAACGGCAUGGGCGAGAAGGGCGCCGCCGACCUCGACAACGCCCAGAUGAACGCCGGCGGCGAGCGCGAGAAGACGACGAAGAAGGACGGCGCCGCGGACGAGGUCGUGGAGAUCGUCGACGGAGAGCUCGUUCAUAAGCAGAAGAUUGUUCUUCCGGAUAACAACAACGACGAGGAGGAGGAGGAGGAGGAGGAGGAGGAGAACAGCGAAGAGCAAGAACAAGAGAAAGAAAAAGAAAAAGAUGAAGGCGAAAAGAAGAAAGAUAAAGACGAAAGCGGAGAAGAAGCGAGAAAAAACGAAGAGCAAGAGGACGACGUGAAAGAAGAGAAGGCAAAAGACGGCAGCGACGACGAAGCCAAGAAGGAGGAAGAUAACCCCGACGACAAGGACGACUGCGCCAAGUCGGACACGUCCGAGUCGUCCGUCGACUCGACCCCGAUCCCGACGCCCGAUUCCGACUCGGGAGACUGCAGUCCCCAGUACUCGGCCGCCGCCGCCGAGAAGACAGCCCGCGCCGGCGACUCCUCGGUAGCGAAGUCAUCGUCGACUUAAGGGGGAGGGGCCGGGCCAAUCCACUGUUUUCCAUCAUCAUCUUCUUCAUCAUCAUAUAUUACCUUAGCCGGCGGGAUGGUUUAUUUUCCUUUUCCCCUUCCUCCCUCAGGCAUCGCCCGCCCAGCAUUAGCAUUGGCAUUGGCAUUGCGUUUGCGUUUGCGAUUGUGUUAUUUCUCUUUUUUUCCUAUUUUUUUCUUUUUUGUCGACGAGUACCCUAAUUUUCAUCUUGUUCGGAGCAUGGAUACCAUUUUCUAUCUGCCUUUUCUUCUUCUCCAUUUUUAUUUAUUUAUUUAUCUAUUUAUUUUUUCGCAUCUUCGCGUACUCGCGGGCAUGGAUAAUGAUUUUCACGACCUCUGGCUUAGCUCCUUUAAGCCUCUAC